AUGGGGACUUAUACUAGUUCUUUUCUUCACGGACUCAUCUUUUGGACUCGCGCGUCUGUGCUCUUUAUAUCCAUCUUUGUUAUCUUGAUUACCCUUGGACUCUACAGCUCCGUAUCUAUUCCCAUAUUCUCUAUCCUUGGCAAUGAAAACACAUUUAUGUACGGAACACUCGAAAAUUCGCAUCAGGUGUGGGCAGUUGAGAUGGUUCAGGACAGACGAGUUAUUGCAACCCUAGUUGCCACACAGGCAUCAAUCUUCUGUCCACUCUUUCUCUUACUCGGACACCACUUCCAACCUGCGCCUCGUGCUAGUCAUAGAGAACCCGGAUCAAAAUCAAUAACAGGAACAGGAGCAGGAGCAGGAGGUGAUGUGUGGCGAGCAUCAGCUGAACUGAUAUGUCAACUACUGAUGCCACUUGGAUUGUCGAUGAGCUGGAUGUUUUGUAUUUUGUUUGACCGAAAGACAUCGUUUGCUUUGUCAGGCUCACUGGAUGAGUAUUGGUUCUGGCCUGAUCUCUGUGUUUCUCGCCCGGCUGGAUUAUUAUCAUAUUCACCAUCUUCAUCAUCGUCGUCUUUGUCACCGUCAUCGUUGUUAUCGUCAUCAUUAUCAUUAUCACCAUCAUCUGUUGCAUUGUGGGGAUGGUCUACCUGCGCCACUACUCAUGCCACACACGCACUAAAAUAUUGUAUUAUAGCAAUAUUGUUGACUGAGGUUGCCCUGGUUCUGUUUGCAACAUUUUCAUUUGGAUUCACAACCAUGUGUGGGUAUCAAGAGUCAGAAGAGCCGGCUGCUGAAAAAAAGAGCGAUGUAGUUGGGUAUUGUGCCAAUUCUGCUUGA